CCACAGCUCUGACCAAACACUGCUGCUGUCCGCCCUACCUGCGGUUUAUAUUGGUUUUAAAAGGGACCUUACACUGUGGAAAGUGACACUGUUACAUCAGGAGGACUUCUGAUCCGCGUUUGGACAACUUGGUGUGCUUUUACGCAUGGCAACAUCGGUGACGUUCCAGGAGUGACAACUGAGCGGACCGGUGCUCUAAACGUGCGACACUUAAUCCGUAUUUAUAGAGUUGUUUAGAAGCUAUUUGAGCUGUCUGCAGUCCUCGUCCGCUGAAGCCAUGUUUUCCAAAGCCACUGCCAACUUUAUCCGUCAGAUUGACCCCGAAGGAAGCCUCAUCCAUGUGUCCCGAGUAAAUAACUCAAAGAAACUGGUUCCCAUGGCAGUGGUCGUCAAACGCAACCGCAUGUGGCUCUGGCAGAGCCCCAAGUACCAACCAACAGAUUUCACUCUCAGUGACUUGUUGCAAGGCGACGAGGUGCUCAGUCCUGUGGUGUCUGAGACAGAAUUCUUGACCUACGAGGGGACGUUUAGAGACACACUCUCUGGGAAGCUGGACGCUGAGGCUGGCUCUGUCAGCCUCGCAGUGGAAGGAAAGGGCUCAUCCAAGCUCCAGUCAUGUUUUGGCAAGCUGAAGAAAGAGGAACUGGAUGUGAAGAAGCUGAUACGGGACUCCAGCAGCAGGCUGGUGGACAUGCAGAACCCAUUGGUGCGGCAGCUGGAGAAGAGAGCUGACGUGCUGGCAGUGGUGAAGGAGAGGAUCAUCACCACCAAGACCUGCUCUAUCACCCAGACCAAAAAGGAGCAGUGCCUUUUUCAGGGGAUGCUCAGGCUGUUGGCCGUGCUUGGGACCCCUGCUAAGGUGUGCGCGAAGACCAACAACGACAUUGAGUCAGACAGUGAUGUUUCCUUGGAGAUCCCCUCCGGUACAGUCGUUGCAUACAGCAUCCUGGAGCUGGAGAUUAAAAAAAAUGGACACUAUAAUAUAUGUCUACAGCCUGGCACAAUAGGAGGCAUUGAGCAAGACUCGCCCAUGUCCUGGACAUCCCAAGAUUCCUCGGAUGUGGUGGACAGCAUGGGCAAUGGUCCUCUGCAAAAUGGAUCACAGGAGAUGGACCUCUCUCCUCUGUCAGAGCUGCCCCAGUCAACUCGAUAUGCCUUGUUCAAGAGACUCCAAGAAAUAAUGCGGGACAGAACUGCUCUGUCAUAUAUGGAGUGUUUGCUGGAGGACUUGUGCAGUGGUGAAACAAUCGAUAUGGAGGAGCUGUCGGAAAGUCAGAGAGAAUCAUUGGCAGCCAUAGUGGGCCAAUUGGCGGAGAACAGCCAGAGUGGUAUCCUUCCCCACCUAAAUGCGGCUCACCUGUUGGUCAGUGCCAUGGAAGAGCUGCCUGAUGAAACUCUGAGCCUCUUGAGUGAGAGCCAACCUGAUUUUCUGGAGGCCCUCGACACACUGAUGUGCACGUUGCAGAAGAGCUGCAACCCUGUCUCCAUCCAGUGUCUUCCGGUCCUGCUGCAGGACAACCAGGCCUUCCAGCUGACAGAACGGCUGCUCAGCUCUACGAAUGUGACUCUGAGGAGGGACGGCAACAGGCUGUGGAGGGAGACAAGAAAUGGAGCGAGAGUUCUCCCUUUGGUCCUCUGUCUGAGCAUACAGGGAUUGUCCCUGCUGUGCAAAGGGUUAAAGUAGUCAUAACGUCUGCACGUGCACUUUCUUUUCUUCCUUUCUUUAUAUUACAUUCUCUCAAUUUCUUUCUUUAUUGUGAAGUUUAUUGGGACUAAGCUCGCUGCUGGUUGUUGCAUAAAAUCAACAUCACUAUAUUAUUAUUUUUUAAAUGUUGUUUACUAUUGCCCACAGUAUCGUACAGAUAAUAUUAUAUUGUUUAUUCCUUCAUAUAGUUUUAUUACUUAGCAAGCAGCUCAUAUUUUUGUAGAAACAAAGGAAAUAUAUAUAUUUUAUGUGAUGACUUCAGCGCAGCUCAGACAGGAUUUAUAGAUGUCUCACUCUUUUAAAGCUUGUUAUCCAUGAAGGAGGUUUCUCGUUGAUCAGGCACCUUACAGAAAUGUGUCCUACAAAUUAUUGUUUUGGUUUUUUUUUUUUUUUUUUUUUUUACAAAUCUAGCUUUAUUUUUUAUUCCACAUUUUUUCGCACAUUGUAGGGUAGUUCAGUGACCCCAGAUCCACCGGAUCUACUGAAAGUACACCCUAGUUAAGCUGAAAAAAUGUUCGGAUUUGUUAGCUCAAGAAAUCUUUACAUGUGGUAGAUGUCAAGUUUGGCAAUUAACAACAAAAUGUAAGACUUGAUCCAUGCCAACCAUACACAACAUUAAUAACAUUGAUACAUUUAUGCUGUAUCCUGAUUUUGCACGCCUGUUCUUGCCAGGUUCUCUACUUUAAAGUAGGCUGCAUUUUAUUUACGCUGCUCCUCCUAAUCAAGAGAACAACUAUGUUAUUUAUCAAGAAAACUAUAUAUUUAACCUUCUUUCAUUAAAAUGCAGUAUUGAUGUUAUGUGUAUUUUCACGAGCUAAAAAGUGUUUUUGCCAUACGGCCUUACAGCCACUUGUUUGUCCGUUAACAUUAUAACUUAUCGUUGUUUGCAAAAAAUACUUGUACUUUAUACUAUAUUCAAACAUUCUGAAAAAUCCUUGCAUUUAAGUGUCAUUGCUCUAUCAAUGUGUAUUUUGUUGUCCUUACAGAUAUGGGAAAUAAAGCUUUUUUUAUAUUGCAUGAACAGUAUCUCUGAAAGAUGAAGAAAUGUGAUGCAUAAUGAGGAGCUGUGUUCAACGUUGUUGGAAGUAUUUAAGAAAAAUGUUUACUCUUGAGGUCAACCUCCGUGGUCUGUGUUG